UUCUCCUUCAGUCGGGGAAGGUGAUAAUAGCUUUACUAUUUCGUUCCGCUAGACUGUGUUGAGCGUGAAAUAUAAAAAAAGCUGAUUGGAGAAAAUAAUAUGUCGGUAAAACAUUCUACAUUUUAAAUACUGAAAUUUUGAUAAGUCAACGAUAUGUUAAGCCUGACCGAACUAGCCCGCGGUGGAUACAUGAUGUAUCACCGGAAGGCUAUGGGGACCAUGAAGUACAGUCGCUGGCGUGGUGCCCACGGUGGAAUCAGUCAUUUUUAUAACCGCACUGCAAUGCUAGAGGAGGUUCGCAACAAUGUCCCCGUGACGAUGGUUGAUCGUGGUAUGAUGAACUACGUCCACCGCUCCCGCCUUCGUCACUUUCAACUGUUUCGAUCUUAUCAACAGAAGUCAAAUGCUACGGAGUGCAAGCUGCGCGAGGGUGAGAUGCUGCGUCGUCGCUGGCAUCGUCGUCUUCAGAAAUCUUUUAUUAGUUUUAUGCAAUUCAAAACCAUGAAGGUUCUCGAAGAACAGGCUAAACUCGUAAACCAAUAUGGGCAGGCCUCUGUGAAUGCUGCCCUUGGAGAUCCGUGGAAUGUCACUUCACAGACGGAACGUGAACGCAGAUAUGCCGUACUGCAUCGACGUAUCAAGUCACUUCCUACUGUGAAUACUGUGCCAAAGCACAUUGCAACCAUGAAACAAAUCCACAACGAUCGUUUUGAUUACCGUUGGCGCGUAAAUUAGGAAUUGUGAUACUUUCCUUCUUUUUUGAGGGGUCUCUGGAGAACGUGUUCAUAAAGUUCCCAUAUGAGUGGUACAUUGGGACAUACAAUGAAUAGAAUUCCUUUCGUUUAGCGUGAAUGUUAUCUUUCCUGUGUGCCGCAUCGUCCUAGGGCUCGAGGUUCCUAGCGUUGUUGCUUUUGUUGCCAUCGCUUUCCAUUUUUUAAAA